CCAGAAUCUUCUUUUUGUUAGAGAUUCAGCUUCCUCACUCUGAGAGCUGACACUUACCAGUUGCUGAAAAGCAGGCUGAUCUAUGUCACUCUGCAAGGCGAAGUCACUCAGUACUUUCCAAGGCGGCUGGUAACUUUGCACCUCCACUGGGUUUGCCUGUCACCUUGGUGGAUCUCACUGGUCUGAAGGCACUGAGGCAGGCCUUGUCAAGAUUCAAGCAACACACCGAGGGGGUCCACCGCCAGGACGACCCACCCAUCCACCUCUGAAUUAGACAAGGAGCCAAGGAGGUGUCUCUCUCUCUCUGGUGCCUGAGGAACUGACAACCUGAAUGCUGUCAGAAAGGGGCCACUCACAGUUUUGUCAUUGGGCUGCUGCUGCUGGAGCUGCUUCAUCAUGAUGCUCCGCUUCUUGUCCUUGCACCGCUUGUUUUGAAACCAGACCCGGAUCACACGAGGGCUAAGGCCCGUCAUCUCCACCAGUUGCUCCUUCAUGAGUGCGUCUGGCCUGGGGUUGGCGGCAUAGCAGGUCCGCAAGACUGGUCCCAGGUUACAAGAGUACCCACCGCCUCCAGACUCCUGGACAACAGCCACAGACUGUACAUGGGAAGGAAAUGCAGAACACCCCAGUGUCAGCCAGAGACACUAUACAAGCCGGGAGGUCUCUAAUGCAAAGGUCAAAGAGAAUUCUGACAGAAAGCCUUGAACUUCAGUUCAGAGAGGGAGUUCAAAGGGGCACACGCACACAACCGAGAGAGACUGAAGGGGAAAAGGCAAAAGCUAUCGGCUCCUUCUAUAAAUGUGUACGCAAGAAUUGGCUACGUGAAGGCGGCACCUUUUGCAACAGAAUAACCUCCUCGGAGAGCUCCGGGGCCCCGAGGAGGAAACCACCGCCCAGCACCAGCAGUAGCGCUCGGGUCCUGGAGCGCGCACGGGCGAAUUCAAACGCGAGGCACGAGCAGUUUCCCGAAGAUCGGAACCGACAGCAAGCAUGCAGGCGUGGCGGCAAACGAGAGCAAGCCACCUUUCCUCCUCCUCCUCCUCCUCCUCCUCCUCCUCCUCCUCUUCCUCCUCCUCCUCCUCCUCCUCCUCCUCCUCCUCUCUCUCUCUCCUCUCUGCAGGCAGCGACUCCAACUCGGACGAGCUCCUGGCCCCCGUGCCUGAGAGAGACCCCCGCACAAGAACAGCACACCGAGCCCCGCAAGGAUCCAGCUUCCAGUAAACAACCUCGAGCCUAGACAGCUGUUCCAGGCAGACCAGGUAGCCUGGCUGCACACUGUCGUUGGCGGACUCAUCCCUGUACCAGGCCUGCACGAUGGCCAGGGCUGGGCCAGGACCCCAUGAACACCUGCAUGCACGGCCUGCCCCAUCCUGCUGACCCUGCACUGCCAGCCCGAGGAAGAGCCCAUCUUUUACCUGUGGGUCAGAGGCUAACCGAGAAUUAACCACUACUGUUGGCAAAAUAUAAAUGACCAAGGACUUCCUGUAUGGAAAUCACAUUGUGAAGACUUUAUGGGCUACUUCUUGAAGACUGGCUCUUGAUACACUAAAGGGAAGAUAAAAGAUUAUAUAAAAUAUUCUUCUUUCAUGUUGUAGGACUUUCAAGCCUAAAGUCUUCUUAAAAUUCUGUUUUGAAUAUCAGAUAUUGAAUAGUAACUUCUUUGCAUUUUUUUGGACAUCCAAAUCUUACCACCUCUAUCAAAUAUGGAAGCUUUUGGUUGAUCAAGUGCACGGAAAGAGAAGAAAUAAAAAUAAAUUGUUUUUCAAAGCACUAGCUGAAAAAAAAAAAAAAAACCACUAGCUGAAUUUCUAACUAUCUGUUAUUUAUCACCACUCUAUAUAUUAAUCUAUAUUAUCUAUUCAUCUAUCUGUCAUCUUACUGCUUAUCUGUCAAUCUGUAUGGACAUAACACAUAGCAAUAGCCUUGUGUUCAUACACAUGCAAAAAGACACAUCUGAAAUACUUUUCCACAAACACUAAUAAUUUUUUUCCUGUGUGAUGAGUUUUUGAAGGUAUUAUGCCUUCUUUCUCCUUUUAUAAAUUGCUCCAUUUUCUUUUUACAUAAAAAGAGUAUAAUUUUUAUAGAAAAAUAUUUUUCUUAAAAAUGAACUAAAAAUAAUUUUUUCAUUCAUUACAUGGAAUAGUAACAAUAGAACCCAUCUCUUAGUGUUGUGAUGAGGAUUAAAUGAAAUUCUAGAUGUCAGGUUUGUCUCAGGACCUCCUGUGGUUCAUUGGUGACACUCCUGUAUUAUUAUUUCAGUCAUUUUUUCCUAAUCAUAUGUAAUAAUUAUGGACAGUGUACCUUGUUUUGAUGUAUACAUCCAAAAUCUCAGUGUAUUUUCUGAAAUUUUAGGGAAAUAUCAUCUUUCAUAAGACAAAUUUUGGUGAUAGUUUCAAAUUUUGUGUCUGAAAUAAAGGCAACUUUAGCCUUUACAAUGAGACUGGAAAAAAAAAAAGAAAAAGAAGCAAUUUAGUGGAGGAUAAGGUAAUGUUACACA